UCUGAUCUCCAUGCAAGCUUUGUUUAUUAAAGCACAAAUAAAAUAUCACCAUAGUAAUCCUAAAAAGGAAAAGGUGUAUAAUAAAUGACUAAUGGUAUUUGAGGUCAUUUUGCCUCUGUGAGCAGAAGUAAUAAUCUUAUUUGAAUAGGUAUCUACUGCUAGGUGAACAUAUUUUAAAUGGUCAAAUUCUGAGAUAUGAGUAUUAUCUGUUCACCAAACCGUGUUGGAUCUUAACUUCUGAUGAUUAAUUCUGCCAGCAGAUGACAACAGAGUAAAGGAAGAACAAGGACAGGUCCUGAUAAUUUUCUGAGCUUGCUCACAAGGCAAAGAGAAUUGUACUUGUAAUGAUUUUACAUUUUGCUGAAAAAAUUUGUGAGAUUUUUUUUUGAGUGGCCUGAAAAGAAAGAACUUGGGGCGAGGAAGAGGCCAGUCCCUUGGCUUAGGCAUUGGCAGAUGUUAAUGGACCUUGCAAAUAAGAAUGAGCAAGAAUGAGUUAUGAAAAAAAUGCUGAAUUUGUUUUUGUAUAGAUGUCUGAAGAGAGACAAAUUGUUGUAAAAUAACACUAGUAUUGUGGUUGGUUUCAAGUCUUGCAGUUUCUAAUAGAGGAAUUGUUUGAGCACAUUAUACAGAGUCCAUUAAAAUAUUCAGUGGUUGGGAGAUGUCUAAUAUCAAAUCUGUAUUAGUCUCAGUUCUUUAGAGUAACAAAACUUACAGAAGGAUUAUACAUACAUAUAUGUAUACACACACAGAGAGAAAGGGGAUUUAUUGGAAUGACUUUUAGGCAGCAGUACAAUGAAUCUAAUAAUGGCUGGCUGUGAUUGGAAAUUCUAGGAAUGCAGAAGUUGCUCAGUCCAUGAGUGUCUAUGAAUCUGCUGGUCUUCAGUAAACCCUUCAAUCUGGAAGAAGUAUGCUGCAAUGCCAGUGAAGAAACAGACUUAAUACAAAGGAUGCAGUGACCUAUGAGGAUGUACAUGUGAACUUCACUCAUGAAGAGUGGGCUUUGCUGGAUCCUUCCCAGAAGAGUCUGUACAAAGAUGUGAUGUUGGAAACCUACUGGAACCUCACUUCUAUAGGUUACAAAUGGGAAGACUACAAUAUUGAAGAAUAUUAUCAAGGUUCUAGAAGACAUGGAAGGUAUAUCAACUGUCAGUGUUCAUACAACUCAUGUGAGCAUAAGGGAUAUGGAAAGAAGCAAUAUACCUCUGUUUCUCCUGGAACAAUUAGAAGAUAUGUAGUAGUCCCCACUGUGAGAAGACAUGAUGACUGUGAUACAAGUUUAUACUCUCACAUUAGAGAAAACCCUUAUGAGUACAAGGAAUAUGGAAAUUCUUCUGUCUGUACUGAUUCACUUUGCACAUGUAGUGUGCCUCACAGUAUAAAAAAAUAUUAUGCAUGCAAUCAGUGUUGUAAAACUCUGAGUUCUUCCAGUUCUUUUCAAAGAUGUGAAAAAUCUCAUAUGGGAAGAGGAAGUGAUAAAUAUGAGCUAUGUACUGAUGACUUUAGCCAUCACAGUUAUCUGCAAACACAUAAAACAACCAAUAAUGAAGAGGAUCUCUAUGAAUGUAAUCAACAUGAUAGAACCUUUAGAUAUGAUUCCUCUAUAAAAGUACACCAAAUUACUCAUUUGGAGGAAAAACCCUAUGAAUAUAAUCAAAGUGAUGAAGUCUCUACAUGUCACAGUCUUCAUCCAAUACAUAGAACUCAUUCUGGAGUGAAAAACUAUGAAUAUCAGCAAUGUGAUAAAACUUUUGCAAGUCCCAGUUAUCUUCAAAUAUAUAAAAAAAUUUAUACUGGAGAGAAACCCUAUGGAUGUACUCAAUGUGAUAAAGCCUAUGCAUGUUCUAGUUAUCUUCAAAUACAUAAAAGAAUUCAUACUGGAGAGAAACCCUAUGAAUGUAAUCAAUGUGGUAAAGCCUUUAUACAGAAGAGUCAUCUUCACAGGCAUGAAAGAAGUCAUACUGGAGAGAAACCCUAUGAAUGUACUUACUGUGGUAAAGCCUUUGCACACAAGUAUAAGCUUCUCAUUCAUGAAAGAAUUCAUACUGGAGAGAAACCCUAUGAAUGUAAUCACUGUGGUAAAGCCUUUGCAGAGAAGUGUAAUCUUCUCAGUCAUGAAAGAAGUCAUACUGGAGAGAAACCCUAUGGUUGUAAUCAAUGUGGAAAAGCCUUUGCACAGAAGAGUGAUCUUCGAAGUCAUGAAAGAAUCCACACUGGAGAGAAACCCUAUGAAUGUAAUCAAUGUAGUAAAGCCUUUGCACAGAAGAGUAAUCUCCGUAGUCAUCAAAGAAUUCAUACUGGAGAGAAACCGUAUCAAUGUAAGCAGUGUGGUAAAGCCUUUGCACAGAAGAGUAAUCUUUUUAGUCACGAAAGAAAACAUAUUGGAGAGAAACUCUAUCUAUGUAAUCAAAGCGCUAAAGCCUUUACACUGGAGAAUUUUCUCAUUCAUAAAAGAAGUCAUACAGGAGAGAAAGCCUAUGAAUGUAAUCAAUGUGAUAAAGCCUUUGCAAGGAAGAGUCAUCUUCUCAGUCAUGAAAGAAUUCAUACUGGAGAGAAACCCUAUGAAUGUAAUCAAUGUGGGAAAUCUUUUGCACGUAGCAGUAAUCUUCAUAGGCAUGAAAAAUGUCAUACUGGAGAGAAACCCUAUGAAUGUAACCAAUGUGAUAAAGCAUUUGCACGUAAAACCCAUCUUCAGAGUCAUGAAAGAUGUCAUAAUGGAGAGAAACCCUAUGGGUAUAAUCAAUACAGUAGAGAUUUUGCAUGUAACAGUCCCCUUCAGAUAAAGGAAAGAACCUUUAUUGGAGACAAACCAUAUGAAGGUAAUCAAUGUGGUAAAGACUUUUCACAGAACAAUUAUCUUCACAAUCCUGAAAGAGAUUUUUCUCGACAAAACCCCAAUGAAUGUAGUCAGUGUGGUAAAGUCUUGCCAUGUUGCAUUGUCCUUCAAAAUCAUGAAAAAUUUCAUACUGGUGAAAAUCUCCAUGAACCUAAUGAGUGAGUCAAGCCUUGCAGUCCACAUGUUUUUCCCACUGAGCUGUCUCACUGGUGCUUGAGUUAGUAGAGUCUCUCCUUAGUUAAAAUAUUGUCCCUUUCAAGUUGUUAACAUAUUGUAUUCCAAGAAUACAGAAACAUGAUAAUUUCAGUAAUAAAAUAUAUUUUCAAAUGAAACUAAUAUUUAUAUUGUCAAUCAUUAUUUUUAGAUCAUGUUACUGUAUUCUGAGGACUAAAUACUUUUUCUUAUCAUAUUCUCAGAAACAAAAAUUAAUGGCAGAGAAUUUUAUCACCAAAUUUGAUUGCUGGUAAGCCUGAUUCCCUGAUAUUGUGUUCCAGGAUGGCCUUUUUAUAAAUAGAGAUCUUUUCUCAAAAAAUCCAAAACAGGGAUUUGGAAAUAUGGUUGCAUUUCCACAGGACUCAGGAUCAAUUCUCAGCACUUACGUAGAAGCUCACAACUGUCUUAAAGUCCAGUUCUAGGGGAUACAACAGGUCAUACAGGCAUACAUUCAGUCAAAACACUUUUUGAUAUAAAAGAAAAAUAAGUAAUCAUUUUUGAAAGUAUUUGUCACAUAGUGUAACUUUCUCUAGCAUAAUGUGGACUCAUUUCUACUCAGCUAAGUCAUUUGUUGGGGUCAUUCACACCAAGAGAAUUGUGUUAACAAUUUAAAUAAGCAAUG